CCGCCUCCUCCUCCUCCUCCUCCUUUGGGCAGAGCCGCCUAAGCUCGGACCUGGCGAGGCUCCUCGUCUGCUCAUUGUCAUCGGAGCAGAGCAGCUGGUUCUUCCCGCCAAAGCGGUUGUCUUCUGCUGAGUCACCGUGCUGAGCGCCCCAUUUUCGUUGCUCUGUGAAGCACCCCUUCCGUUCCUUUUAGGCCCCUUCGGCUCUUCUUUCGGACUUAGGGCUUCGGUCGCAGGCAGAAACUCCACAGUUUGUUUUUCUGUUUAUCUGCAAAGGGGAGAGAGCGCAGUGGAUUGUUCUCUAACAAUGUUGGAGAAUGAGGAGAAUCUCCAGGCAGCUUUCAAAAAGCUAAGAGUUGAUUCAGAACAAUCCACUGCUUCUCUCCCUGUGAGUGAGGGGGCAUCUCCAAGAUCAUUUGUAGAAACUACAGAUGAAUCCAAAGUAAAGAUGACAUUUGGAUCUAAAGAAAGUUGGCACUGGUGCUUGAGAAAACCUUUGAGAGGAGCAGUUAGAGCCCAACGUCGCCGGCGAUCAAAGUCUCCAGUACUCCGUCCUCCCAAAUUCAUCCACUGCACUAAACAAAUGCCCUCCUGUAGCCAAUCAGUGCACAAGAACCCAACAGAUGCUUCUGAAAGCAACAAAGAUUUGGAUACACCGAAGAAAUUUCCUGAAAAUGAACAGGCCAGUUACCCUCUUGAGUUUGGCAAGAAGCAAACAGAUUUCAAAGAUUCUGAGGCAUCCAUGAUUGGAAUACCAAAGAGUAUUUCUGAAGAUUGUUCUGGUGGUAGUGUUCUUCCCACAGAAAUUCUGAAGGUCACAGAUCUUCCUGAUUUCCAGUCUGUGUCUGAACAAAAUAAAGGGAAUUUUUGUGCAUAUGUAGAGAACGAAUGCCAGCGUAAGCAAUGGCAAAACAUGAAUGUGUAUAUGUUUUCUGACAUACAGAACUCUUCCCAGUGUGCAUCUGAAAGAACAGCACAUGUGCAGGACAAUUCACAGCUGUUACCAUCAAGAAUUUCCUCCAGUUCUCUCAGAUCUUGUUCUGAGCAAGCCAGAGUUCAUGUAGAUGAUGUGACUAUUGAGGACCUUUCAGGUUAUAUGGAAUACUUCCUGCAUAUCCCUAAGGAAAUGUCCCACAUGGCAGAAAUGAUGUACACCUGACAACAGUCAACUUUAGUGAACAAAGGGCUUUGAUAUCUGCCCUGAAUCAUGCUCCAUCUCAGAAGCAGUUUGCUCUCUGUGCUUGUAAUAAAACCACUUUGCAUUUCAGGGAGACUUACUGUUUUUCAUAGAUCAGCAAUUUAAAUAAAUUCUAAAUCAGAAAACUGCAAGGCAAAUAGCAAGCCUAGGGAAUUAUACCGUUUUAUGUAGGGCAUGACCUCAAUUGUAGUUUGGAUUAACUGGCUAAAAUUUUUAAGGACAGUGAAUUAUGAAACAAGAGUCUAGAGGGAAAUCAAGCACUUUCCACAUUUGGGACCAGAUACCACAUAUUGUUGUACGUUCUAAUUACUGUUUGUGUUGGUAUUUGUAUGUAUUAUCUGUGUAAUCUCUCACACGCAAACAUACAUUGUGAGUUAUCAGAACCAUAGCAGCUGAGUAUUGAGUACAAAUCUAUUGCUGUUGAAUACAUUAUCUGAAAUUGUAGAAAAUAAUGUUUUCCUUUUCAGUAUUGCUUGAAGUACAACCUAAAAUACCAUGUUUGCAGAGUUUCUUUUACAGUAAAGGGAUUCCUUCUAAAGCAUCAA